AUGUUAAGAAAACAGAUUGAAGAGAAGCUGCCUCCUAUCUCUCUCGUGCUGCAGAAGCAUGAGCAACAGCUGGAAGACCGAGAGAAGAGGACGGAAGAGAUGGAGUACAGGGCCACAGUGGUAGAAGCUGAUGCCAGUUUAUCAAAGGAUAAGAUCCAAGUCCUGGAGACGCAGGUCCAUAAUUUGCCCUCAAUUCCCCAUCGACUGAACCUUUUCUAUGUUGCCAAUGAUGUUAUUCAAAACUGCAAAAGGAAGAACGCGAUUAUUUUUCGAGAUGCAUUUUCAGAGGUUCUGAUUGAAGCCGGCACUUUGGUGAGGGAUCCUUCCAUUCGGAAAUCUGUGGAGCGAAUAUUCACAAUAUGGGAGCAGAGAAGCGUCUACCCAGAGGAGUUGAUUGUGGACCUGCGAGCCGCUCUUGUGGGACGAAAACCAGCUGAAUUUACAAAAGUGAAAACAGUGAGCGAUAAGACCCGUGUUGUGGUGAAAUCCAAGAUUCUCGCUGAAUUCCGGCCUCAGGCACUGAUUGACCAGCUCGGGUCCUACAAACAAGCUGAGGAUGAGAGAGAGUUCAAGGAGAAGCAGCUUGGGACCCUCCGCGUGGACGUUUGCAGCACAGAGACAUUGAAACGGUUGAAAGAUCGUGCUGGAGGCAAACGCUUUUCCAAAGACUUUGAAGAAUCCAGCUCCAAGUUGGAAGACUUCUGUGCCGAGCUCGAGAGGGAGGUGAAGAAGACCCCACCGCUGAUCGAAGCACUCGAAAAUGCAGAGAUCUUUUAUGAGGCUCAGUACAAGGAGGUGAAGAUUGUAGCUAAUGCGUACAAGACGUUUGCGAACAGAGUCAACAACCUGAAGAAGAAGCUGGACCAGCUGAAGACCACGCUGCCAGAUCCAGACGAGUCUCCCAUUCCGUCUCCCAGCAUGGACGCUCCAUCGCCGACUGGCUCCGAGUCCCCCGUGCGGCCGCUCGACGAGCCCGUGGUGGAGCUGAAGAAGCUGGAGGAGAGCCCCGGGCCGCUGACGCCAGACGCCUCGGGUGAUAACUGCGAUGUGGAGGACAUGGAGCUCUCUGAUGACGAAGCAGCGGGAGCAGCAAAUAUCAUAGCAGUAGAGAGUGAGGAGAGAAAAGAGGAAUCCAGUCCAAGCACAGCAGCGGCAGUGAGCGCGAGUCCCCAACCAGAGAAGGUGUUGACCCCGGUAGAGACCCCGCAGGCAAAGAGCAGCACGGUAACGCCGCCCCUGGCCCUGCCAAACCUGGCCAACAUCGAUUUGGGCAAGAUCAGCUCCAUCCUCAGCAGCCUGACCACCGUCAUGAAGAACACAGUCAGCCCAGCAGUUGGUCAAGCGCCUGUGCUUGCGGUAACGUCAGCGGCUCCUGCUGGCGGGCAACUGAAUAGUGGCCUCAAGGCCCCCACGCAGAAGCCUUCUCCAGUCACUCCCAAUCCUCUGGCGAGCAUCCUGUCAAAAGUUGAAUUAACUCCAGAGAGCAUCCUGUCAGCACUCAGCAAGACACAGGGGCCCUCUGCUCCAGCUCUGCAAGGUCUCUCGUCAUUGCUUCAGAGUGUGACAGGAAACACUUCUGUUCCAUCCAGCAGUGCAAGUUCAAAUAUUUCUACCCCGGCAGUGACCAAUGUCACCAGUCCGAUAGAUAAAGGUGUUCCCAUUAUUAAUGCCAGUACUCAGUCUAUGAUCCAGGGGCUUAUCGGCUGCUCUCCAAAUUCGCCUGCGUCUGAAGUUUCCUCUGGCUCAUCUGUGAACUCAGCCCCUGUAAACCACAGCCCCGCUCUAUCCAGUGCAAACCUGAAGGCCCCCGCCAACACUACAGUGCUUGACAGCUCUCUCCGCAGUACCACUUCUGGAUCAAGGGGAGGCUUGACCAGCCAGAAGUCAUCGGCGGAGGCGGUGGCAGAGGAAACCGAGGCCGAGCCGCCCUCGCCGUCGAGUUUGGAGAUGAAGAUUCACAACUUCUUGAAGGUCAACCCAGGCUUUAAGGCUUUGGAUCUCAAUAUCCCGCUGCUGAGCAACCUGGGCUCUGGUGAUUCGAAGAGUCUGCUGCCGCCGUCAGACGCGAGUCGUAACCCUGGCAGCGCCAUGCUGGACAACCAGGACGGCACGCCCGUCCGAGACGAGCGAGGUGGGACCCCCACCCAAGAUGAAAUAAUGGACAAGCCAGCCACCCCGGGCCCGAUUGAUCCAAUGUCCUUGCUGUCGAAGUUAAUCAGCCCGCCCUCCUCUUCAACCAGCAGCACUAUCUCUCCCCCACUUUCCCUCCCGCAAAACAGAGAUUCCGCUUACUCAGAGAUUUCCAACACUGUGCCUUCUUACCAAAGCAGCUCUUCGUACGGCCGUGGCAGGAGCCCGUUCCCUCCUUCUUUCAAGCCCUCCGAAAUGUGGGAGCAGUCGUCUCCCCACAGGGAUUCCCCUCCUGAACAGUUUUACUCGGGUGAAUCCUGCACUGAUUUUGAUUACGCAGGUCCACCUCCUUCAGUCUCCAGCUUGGCGAAGCAGCUCCCGAAAUCCAUUCUCAAGUCAAAUAAAUCUGAUCAGAGUCCCAAUGAAUACCAGUCUGUUUCCACCAGUUACAGUCGCCUCAAGUCUGUGUUCUCCAAGCCUAUGAAGUCCAUUCUUAAGAAGCAGGAGGCUUAUGGCAGCAGGUCAAAUAGCAGGGGGGGGUACGGAGAUGAUGAUCAGGGGGUUGAGCACGAGAGCCUGUCUUCACCCAGCCGGAACAAUCCGUUCUUCCCCUCAGAGUCUAACAACAUCAUCUUGCAGCCCUCUUUCUCAGAUAUGUCUCGCGCGGGAUCACUUCCGAAAGUGUUCGCCGACUCGCUCACUUCCCGCCAGUCGUCUUCCACACAAAGUGCCGGUUCUUAUAGCCGCAUGCCGGUCACAAGCAUUGAGAAAGCUGGGCCGCUAGGCUCCCCUGUCUCUGCCACUUCCACCAUAGAGUUUAAAAACAUGCUCAAAAAUGCCUCCCGCAGGCCUACUGAUGAGAAGCCUUUAGAGAGCCCCAUUAGUCCAGCUCCGACAGGAGGCGUGAGCGAAAAAGGGAGCUUGUCAAUCUUUGGACAGACUGGGAUUGCAGAGACUGGGGAGGACGAGCAGCAUUGUAUAGAGACUCACAUAUCCACGUCUGAAUUAUCCAAAAGCAUAGAGGAGAAAGGAGCCCCCAUUGAAACACUAGGUUCCAGUACCCCGUCAGCAGGGAGGCUGAUGUUUGGAGAGCCUAUUCAGACUCUGGACUCUAGCCGAGGGUCAGGCAGAGGUAAUCUGAGUCAUGGGAGAGGGGGCUCUAGGAGCAGUUGGUUUGAACAGAGCGAAAACAUUUCAGACUUUGAAGAUGAGUCAUCCUCUCUUGACGUUUCUGAGAUGACUCAAGGUAUUCCUCCCAGUUUUAGAAGCCAGUUUGAAGAGCACCGACUCCAGUUCCCUGAUACUUCAAGCAGCUUUAGGUCCAACAGCUUUAGCUCCCCCUUUGAGAGGCAGACCCAGCAAAUGGGACUGCCGCCCGGCUCGCUGCACGAUCGGAUCGGGCCUCCCCCCGUUCCGAACCGUGACCACGUCGGGCACCCCCCUGGUCCGCCGCCAGAUCACGUACUUGCCCCGUGCACCCCGCAAGAUCACAUCGGACCCCCGCCCCCUCCUGUGCCCUUGCGAGAUAUCGGGCUGCCUCCAGUGCCCCCGCGGGAUCACCUGAGUCUGCCCCCGGGUCCUCCUCCUCCUCCUCCUCCUGUCUCCCAUGACCACCUCGGGCCUCCUGGCCCCACCCAGGAGCACGGGGCUGUCUCGUCGGGUUCCCUGAGAGAGCACGCUUCCUUCUCGGGUCCCCCUCAGGAUCACGGUGGGCCACCACCUGGUACUACCCAUGAGAAGAUCGGGCCUCCGCGGGACCACGCUGGGCCAGCCCCAGGCACUUCUGUUGACCACAUCGGGCCGCCGUCUGCUCCUCCCCCUGAUCACUUUGGUCCUGGCUUACCUCCUGGCCCCCCUCCACGGGAUCAUCUUGGCCCCCCGCCCCUGGCACUUGUCCCACCCCCAGUCCCCCCUCCUCAGGACGUUCUUGGUCCAUUGCCUGGAUCUCCUAGAGACCUCCUUGGCCCACUAGCCGGGCCCCCAAGAGAACUCCUAGGCUUACUACCGUGCCCUCCAAGAGACUUCCUUGGCUUAACCGGCAGGCCUCCAGUGCAGAGGUCGCCAAGGGAUUACUAUAGCCAAUCCUUUACACCCCAGCGAGAGUACAGUAACCCUGGUAGAUUCUUCCAGAGAGACUUCAGGGGCUCUUUCAGGCCUCGAGAAUCUUUUCAAAGUGGAAAGCGGCCCGGUUUGCCAUUCGGGAGCCCCCCUUUCUCCACGGCUCCGAAACGACCCUACAUGCCUCCUCGGUACUGAGAAAGCAAGAUGUUGCAGACGAGUGGGAAUGUUUCUGUGUUGGAGACUACGUGAAAACUCAUCUCUAACCCUUGCUCUCCGAGCAGCUGUUGUGGCUGUAGUGGCAAGGGUUUGGCGUGGCGCAUUGUCAGUCAUUGACUUGUCUUUUGGUGUCCUUGUCUGUUUGCCCUCCUGACUCACUUCCUGUUCUCCCACUCUGUCCUUCCCGAAGCUGACCUGCUGUGCUAGGUCAGAGGUGUAUGUAAGGUUAAAUGUUUCCGUACAGUAUCAUUACAAACUACUGCACAGCAAGUUUUCAUCAGAGGAGCUUGGAAACUUCCAUGAUGUGUAGGAAUCCUACAUGGAGCUAGAGAACCAUUUACUUUUACAUAAAGUAAAACUUUUGUAUUGCUGCAAAGUUCAUCAAGAAUACCGUCUUAAGAUACUGUAGCCUCUGUCCGAAACCUUUGCUAUUUUGUGUUUGUUUUUUUUUUAAAAAAAAGUUACAGUUUUACUACGUGUACUAGUUUGUGGAGGGAAAAAUGUGGUUAAUUGCAAAUGUUUCUGUUGUCAUUGAAAGCAUUUGCAAGUGAAACACACCGCUCCCCUCCACCCAUAGUCAAAUUUCAGGGCUAGAAUUUUCAAAGCUGACACCGCAUUGUUUCUGAGUCAACGCGAUGAACACUAUUUUGUAGAGGGUUGUGUGUUUCCUGCACCAGACACUUUUCAAGAGGAAAGUGUUGAUUGGGCGGGGUGGGUGUUAACUGUACAAUCCAUUUCCUACUCACUGGAGAGGAUUCUGUGCCAACAGCUCGGGCUUUCUCCCCCCCCCCCCCCCCCCCCCCCCACCUCCGCACCCCCGUAAAUAACAAGUGUGUGUCAAUUCAGCUCCUUGGCAAAGGGUUCACAUCAGCCUGUGUGUGGAUUGUGCAGUGCAUUGAGGGUGGGCGUUUCUCCUUUUUAACCCCCCCCCCCCCC